CCGAUUGGCAUUAGUCGUUCCACACAAGCUGGAGAAGAUUGUUUGCUAAAUCACCACUACAAUCAGUAUGAAGUUCAUUGCUGUUGUCUGCUUGAUUUUUGCCUUGAUGGGCAUUACUUUGGCACUUAAGGAUCCCGUUUGUGGCCUACCUCCUGCUGCCGAUGGCAAUGGUCUCAUCAAGUGCGCCGCCCAUAUGCCCAGUUUCAGCUACCAUGUCGAUACCAAUUCCUGCCAGGACUUCCUCUACGGCGGCUGCGGAGGAAAUUCCAACCGAUUUGGAAACAAGGAGGAAUGCGAACAAAAGUGCAAGGAAUAAUAUUUCAAGACCCUAUGAGACAUUACAAAAAAAUAUAUAUAUUAAUUACUUUGAAUGAA